GUAUGUAUGUGUGUGUCAAACGAUUUAUUCAGUUUUAUUUAUCCAAUAAACGGAACAAUGCAUGGAACAUAUGUCGGUAAAACAAACGGCUUUAAAUAUCGAUUUCAUUAAUUACUUUAUCAAUUGCAGGAUAUGAAAUAUACUUUAACAACAGUGGAUACCUUGUUACCAACAAGGUAUACCGCUCUCAUUGCAGGUUUCUCUCUGCUGGUAUGUGGGUCUCUAGUUCAAGGUAGUACAUACAGAGGCGCUACUGGGUAGAUUUCAAAAUAUGUCUGCCCUCAGGCGUCUCUUACUCUCUUAAAACGUUUAUGUCCACGUGUUUAUCUGAUCUCCGUACGUAGACGCUUCUUAUUUAUUCCAUCAAUUUGAUUGAAUUGGACUCGUUAUCGCGUAGACGGCAACAUACGGAAUCAAUAAAGAAAGGUAAGAUCAAAAUGAACAGCACGACCGAGGCACGCGAAACCAAUCAAAAGAAACGAAAGAACAAACGUUCUAAUGCGCAAAUGGCCAAGAAAUUUGCUCGUCAGAGAAACGGCCCGAUGCAGGACACCCAGCAAUACAUGAUGAGCAUUAUGGACGUAAUACGCAACGAUUCGACUUCACCCGAAGAGAAGACGAUACUUGUGCGAAACGUUUACCAGGAGAUAGCCGGUUGCGAGGUCAAGUGGGCCUGUAACCAACUUGGAUCUCUCGCCAUGGACUCGCUGCUGAAGUACGCCAACUUGGAGGACAUUCGGCAGCUGGUUCGGGCAUUCGAGUCCUCUCUAAGGCGUUUGAGCAACGACAGAUUUGCUAGUUAUAUUUUGCAGAAGAUAAUAAUAGUCUGCGCCGACAGGGGCAACAGAGUCGCUGCGUCUAGCGCGGGGAAUGUCGCCGGCGACAAGACGAGCACGGAAUCGGAGAAUGCUGUCGACGCUGCUACGGAAAUCAAGCCGUCUGAAGCACAGUCCUACAACGACAUCGUUCUGAAGCUGAGCAGAUACGUUCUCAACAACAGCGAGGAAUUUGUGUUCGAUGCUUACGCCAAUUACGUACUGCGGACAGUCGUAGAAUGUCUGUCGGGAUUAAUUGAGUAUCCUAAAAGUAUCCCUGAGAGUUCCCGUAAGAAUAAGAAGCACACCAUGCCGGAUCUCGCGAAAAGACGUCCCGUGAUACAGGACUACAAGGCGUUGCUGACACAAAGUUGCGACCGACUACAAAAGUGGCCGCAGUUCCGUCAGUUUGGACGCGAGCAGAUGACUUCCGGCCUAGUACAAUCGAUCUUGUACUCGCUGAAAGAUGUUGACUCAGAUCUAGUAAACACUAUCAUUCAGAAGAUAACGACAGAAUGUUUUCAAACGGGUGAGGGCGAGAAAUUAUCAGAUAUAUUCAACUCGGAGUAUUCUGUCAGAAUACUGGAGGCUUGUUUGGUAGUAGCCGAACCGAAAACCUUCGAGGAGCUAUAUAGAACUCUUUUCGCUGAAAAUUUGGAAUAUUUAUGUUCGACGCAAAGCACCAAUUUCAGCGUGCAAAAGUUAUUGGAUUAUUGCGUUAAUAAAGAAAUCUUUGAAGAAAUAUUUGACAAGGUGGUGGAACACUUUCCAAAGAUACUCAAGCAAGGUUUCACCGGGAUAUUACUUAGCACUGGAAACGCGUGCCUAAGAUUGCAGGCAAAGCAAGGUCCAUUUGUCAAUGCAAUGGUCGAGCUACUGAAGUGCGACGCGUCCGGAGAGAAUCAAACGCAACUUGUACGAUGUAUAACGACUUUAAAGAAGCCAUCACAGCUGACGGCAUCGGACAGUUUAGUUCUCCAUUUACACGGAAGUCUGAUAAUGCAAGCCAUAUUGAAGUUCAACAAACCCAUUAAAGCCGUUAACGCCUUAUUGGGGAUGAAUAACGAAGAGUUAGUGCGGUUGUUCGGCGAACCGAAGGGCAGUCGAAUCCUGGACGCUUUCAUGGACAGCAAAUACAUCGGCGAGAAGAGUAGGGAGAAAUUGUGUAAAACGUUGCACGGCGCUUGGGCGGAAUUAGCCAGGAGCAAGCACGGAUCUAGAUGCGUGGACAAGAUAUGGGCGUGGGCGCGCAUGAAUCAGAAAGUUAUCAUUAUGGAGGAAUUGGCCGCGGAAGGGCAAUCUUUAGGAUCCACGCAACCGGGCAGGAUCAUUUCCACGAAGCUAAACGUUCCCUCGUUCGCGAAAGAUAAGAAGGCGUGGUUGCAAUUGCAAGGGAAAGAGGAGAAGACCAAAGCGAUGUUUGCAGAUGUUAUUGGAAAAACCGAGAAAUUAAAUUCUGUAAGAUAAUAAUCUCUCAUUGCGGUACGAGAGAAUCUAUUAUAUAUGUGCAGUACCGGCGUUAAGGUGGGGCGCGGUUGGGCGAUCGCCCAGGGCGCCAAAUCUGUAGGGGCGCCGCUGCCUAGCUUCACCUAGUUUGAGAGUGAGAGAGAUUCCCUAAAAUAUAAAAACAAAAUGUAGUCCGUCGUUCAAUAUUAUCA